AUGACUUUUAAUUAUCAACAACACCAAAGUCAAGAUGGUCAACCAUUUCAACAAAUUACAACUUUCGAUCAAGUUCUUCAAAAUUCCGAUCAAAAUCUUUUUCAGCGACAACCUCAAAAUCUGUCUCAACAAAGUUAUGGCCAGCAAAUUCAGCAAGCUCAAAAUUACGUCCACCAACAAAAUCAAAGUAAUGGACACAAUGAUGAUGACCCUUUAAUUUUAAGAAUUUCUGGUCGUUUGUCGAUGAUUAAAGAUUGUAUUAUGACGAUGAAUCAACAAUAUACUGAAUUGGAACAAGAUUUCAUUAGGUUAAGACGUAAAUAUAAUUGUAGUUGUUAG